AUGGCGGCUCCCAAGUCAAGACGAUCUGAUCGUCCCUUCCGCUGUCUGUCGUUUGUCCCCCUGUCUAUACCCCCUCAGUCCCUUCCUCUAUCUGUCGUUUGUCCCCCUGUCCCUCUGGCUAUACCCCCUCAGUCCCUUCCUCUAUCUGUCGUUUGUCCCCCUGUCCUUCUGUCUAUACCCCCUCAGGUCCUUCCUCUGUCUGUCGUUUGUCCCCCUGUCCCUCUGUCUAUACCCCCUCAGUCCCUUCCUCUAUCUGUCGUUUGUCCCCCUGUCCCUCUGUCUAUACCCCCUCAGUCCCUUCCUCUAUCUGUCGUUUGUCCCCCUGUCCCUCUGUCUAUACCCCCUCAGGUCCUUCCUGUAUCUGUCGUUUGUCCCCCUGUCCCUCUGUCUAAACCCCCUCAGUCCCUUCCUCUAUCUGUCGUUUGUCCCCCUGUCCCUCUGUCUAUACCCCCUCAGUCCCUUCCUCUAUCUGUCGUUUGUCCCCCUGUCCCUCUGUCUAUACCCCCUCAGUCCCUUCCUCUAUCUGUCGUUUGUCCCCCUGUCCCUCUGUCUAUACCCCCUCAGGUCCUUCCUCUGUCUGUCGUUUGUCCCCCUGUCCCUCUGUCUAUACCCCCUCAGUCCCUUCCUCUGUCUGUCGUUUGUCCCCCUGUCCCUCUGUCUAUACCCCCUCAGGUCCUUCCUCUGUCUGUCGUUUGUCCCCCUGUCCCUCUGUAUAUACCCCCUCAGUCCCUUCCUCUAUCUGUCGUUUGUCCCCCUGUCCCUCUGUCUAUACCCCCACGGUCCCUUCCUCUAUCUGUCGUUUGUCCCCCUGUCCCUCUGUCUAUACCCCGUCAGUCCCUUCCUCUAUCUGUCGUUUGUCCCCCUGUCCCUCUGUCUAUACCCCCUCAGUCCCUUCCUCUAUCUGUCGUUUGUCCCCCUGUCCCUCUGUCUAUACCCCCUCAGUCCCUUCCUCUAUCUGUCGUUUGUCCCCCUGUCCCUCUGUCUAUACCCCCUCAGGUCCUUCCUUUGUCUGUCGUUUGUCCCCCUGUCCCUCUGUCUAUACCCCCUCAGUCCCUUCCUCUAGAUCUAUCUGUCGUAUGUCCCCCUGUCCCUCUGUCUAUACCCCCUCAGGUCCUUCCUCUGUCUGUCGUUAGUCCCCCUGUCACUCUGUCUAUACCCCCUCAGUCCCUUCCUCUAUCUGUCGUUUGUCCCCCUGUCCCUCUGUCUAUACCCCAUCAGUCCCUUCCUCUAUCUGUCGUUUGUCCCCCUCUCCCUCUGUCUAUACCCCCUCAGUCCCUUCCUCUAUCUGUCGUUUGUCCCCCUGUCCCUCUGUCUAUACCCCCUCAGGCCCUUCCUCUAUCUGUCGUUUGUCCCCCUGUCCCUCUGUCUAUACCCCCUCAGGUCCUUCCUCUGUCUGUCGUUAGUCCCCCUGUCACUCUGUCUAUACCCCCUCAGUCCCUUCCUCUAUCUGUCGUUUGUCCCCCUGUCCCUCUGUCUAUACCCCAUCAGUCCCUUCCUCUAUCUGUCGUUUGUCCCCCUCUCCCUCUGUCUAUACCCCCUCAGUCCCUUCCUCUAUCUGUCGUUUGUCCCCCUGUCCCUCUGUCUAUACCCCCUCAGGCCCUUCCUCUAUCUGUCGUUUGUCCCCCUCUCCCUCUGUCUAUACCCCCUCAGUCCCUUCCUCUAUCUGUCGUUUGUCCCCCUGUCCCUCUGUCUAUACCCCCUCAGUCCCUUCCUCUAUCUGUCGUUUGUCCCCCUGUCCCUCUGUCUAUACCCCCUCAGUCCCUUCCUCUAUCUGUCGUUUGUCCCCCUGUCCCUCUGUCUAUACCCCCUCAGUCCCUUCCUCUAUCUGUCGUUUGUCCCCCUGUCCCUCUGUCUAUACCCCCUCAGGUCCUUCCUCUGUCUGUCGUUUGA